UAAAAUUUAUUUAGUUUCUACAUCUGGUACCAUUGUAGUUUGACUGUGACUCAAUAUUUAUACUUACUGGUAGUUAUCAACUUUUAUUUUAGCCUGGAUGAAUUUUACAAUGUUUUUGAAAACAAUGGGAUGAGGUGGAAGCGGGUAACAGAACAUCACGAUCAGUGGUUUAGCUGUUUUAGGUCAUGCAACUGUUUGUACCGCACACUCAGAGGUAUUCGCUGGCUCAUAUCACAGAAACCUUUUGAGUUCGUCAUCUACGCAAUUAUUAUUAUAAAUGGGAUUUCAGUUGUUGUGGAUAUCAUUGUGUUUUCCAACGCUCCUCAAAAUGAAAGGGAAAAGAAGAUAAGAGAGCUCCAUUGGUACCAUAUAGUCUUCAUUUGUGUUUAUGCAACAGAAGCCUUGCUCAAACUCCUUGGUCUUGGUUUAAGGAAAUAUUUCCGGUCUGGCUGGAAUAUGUGAGUAUUUAAGAACG